AUGUCUACUGCCGUCGACAACACUACCACCGACAAUCAGGCCUCCACCGCCCCUACCACCGAGGCCCCCAACGGUACUGCCCCCGCAGCUCAGUCCGCCGCCGAUGCUGCUGCUGUCAGUGCUGAUGAAGGACGUCGGUUGUAUAUUGGGAACCUCGCAUAUGCGACCACUGAGGGGGAGCUCAAGGAGUUUUUCAAGAGCUACACUAUCGAGAGCGUCUCUAUCCCUGUGAACCCCCGCAACAACCGCCCCGUCGGCUAUGCGUUCGUGGACCUCGCAACCGCUUCGGAAGCCACUGGCGCUAUUGAAGAGCUCUCCGGAAAGGAAAUUCUUCAACGCAAGGUUUCGGUUCAGCUUGCCCGCAAGCCUGAGCCCGCUGAGGCCAAGGCUGAGGGUGCUGUAAGUGGCGGUGAAGGUGCCAGCGGCAACGAAGGCCGCAAGAGGGCGGGAGGACGUACUCGUGGCCGUGGCCGUGGUCGCGGCCGUGUUGGUCGUGGAGCCCGCGGAGGUCGCUCGGCCCAGGGUGCUGAGGGUGCCGAAGAGCAGCCCACCACUACCUCUGGCGAGACUGCUCCUCUGGCUGAACUCACCAACCAAAACGAUGCCGAUGCCGCUGCCACCGAGUCUGGAAAGGCCGCCGGCAAGCCCCGUGCCCGUCCCCAGAAGCAGCGUGGACCUCCCGAAGAUGGCAUUGCUUCCAAGACCAAGGUUAUGGUGGCUAACUUGCCUUAUGAUCUGAGCGAGGAGAAGCUGAAGGAAAUCUUUACCGCCUACCAGCCCGUUUCCGCCAAGAUUGCUCUUCGCCCUAUCCCCCGCUUCAUGAUCAAGAAGCUCCAGGCCCGUAACGAGCCUCGCAAGGGCCGUGGCUUCGGUUUCGUCACCCUCGCUUCUGAGGAGCAGCAGGAGAAGGCUGUGCAGGAGAUGAACGGAAAGGAGAUUGAGGGCCGCGAGAUUGCUGUCAAGGUCGCCAUUGACAGCCCCGGCAAGGAAGACGACGCUCCCGCUGGUGAGACGGCUGAGGAGGGUGCCGAGGCUCCGGCUCAGGAGAACGCCGCCCCUGCUGCCGCUUAA